AUGGGAGUUCCUAAAUUUUAUCGAUGGAUUAGUGAGCGCUAUCCCUGUCUGAGUCAAGUUGUUAAAGAUUACCAAAUACCUGAAUUUGACAACUUCUACUUAGAUAUGAAUGGAAUAAUCCACACCUGCUCUCAUCCUAAUGAUGAUAACCCUUCAUUUCGUAUCACAGAUGAUAAAAUAUUUAGUGACAUUUUCCAUUAUUUAGAAGUAUUAUUUCGUAUAGUGAAACCACAAAAGGUCAUGUUUAUGGCCGUAGAUGGGGUUGCCCCUCGAGCUAAAAUGAAUCAACAAAGAGGAAGACGAUUUCGAUCAGCAAAGGAAGCUGAGGAUGUUGUCAGAAAGGCUAUUUCUAAAGGUAUCGUUCUUCCAACUGAUGCUCAAUUUGAUUCUAAUUGUAUUACACCUGGUACUUCUUUCAUGGCAAGGCUUAACGAACAAUUAAAGUAUUUUAUUAAUCAGAAGCUUGCUACUGAUCCAGCAUGGCAAAAAGUGGAGAUCAUCUUGUCAGGUCAUGAGGUUCCUGGAGAAGGUGAACAUAAGAUUAUGGAUUAUAUCCGAUAUAGUAAAUCUCAACCUGAUUAUGACUCAAAUACUAGACAUUGUCUCUAUGGACUGGAUGCUGAUUUAAUCAUGUUAGGUUUAGUGACUCACGAGCCUCAUUUUUGUCUGCUCAGAGAAGAGGUAAAGUUUGGAAAGAGUGCUAAGCGUCAGACAUCAGUUGAUGCAGUGACUUUUCACCUCCUACAUCUUUCAAUUUUAAGAGAAUACUUGGACUAUGAAUUUGCUUCGCUAAAGGACAUCUUACCCUUUCCCUAUAAUUUGGAGUCAAUUAUUGAUGAUUGGGUACUAAUGGGUUUCUUUAUCGGCAACGACUUCAUUCAUCUCCCUAAUAUGCACAUUAGACAGGAAGUCCUUCCUUUUUUAUAUCAAAGAUACAUUGAGACAUUACCAACUCUUGGAGGAUAUCUCAAUGAGAAUGGUAAGAUCAAUUUGGCAAGGAUGGAGAAAUAUCUUGAGGCACUGAGUCAGUUUGAUGAUGACUACUUUUUGGACUUGAUGACUGACCUGAAAUGGAUGGAAGGCAAGAAAAAGAAAAGAAAACAAAAUGGAGGACAGCAAGAGAUAAAAACAACAGAGCCACAAGAUAUGGAAGAAACAGAAGAUGAAGAAGAUGUAAAUAGAAAUGAUCAAUUUGUUACUGAUGUUACUGCUAUGAAAGCUGUCUACUAUCAAGAGAAGUUUAGAAUAGAGAAAGUUACUGACGAGAAAUUAUCAGAGCUGGCAAAGUGUUACAUUGUAGGAAUACAAUGGGUCCUGAGCUAUUACUAUACUGGUGUACCAUCAUGGAGCUGGUAUAUCCCUUUUCAUUAUGCACCUUUUGUUUCUGAGCUCAAGAAUUUCAGUAAAAUUUCUAUAGAAUUUGAAUUAGGUUCUCCAUUCUUACCAUUUGAGCAGCUGCUAGCAGUAUUACCUGCUAACAGUCGGUUCCUGCUACCUGAAGCUUAUCGUGGUCUAAUGGUGAAUGAAGAUUCUCCAAUAUUGGAGUUUUAUCCUGAUACAUUUGAGACUGACUUGAAUGGAAAACAACAUGAAUGGGAGGCUAUUGUCUUAAUUCCUUUUAUAGAUGAAGAACGUCUUUUACAAGCCAUGAAACCUUGUAGUCUUCGGUUAUCGGAUGAAGAAGUUCGGAGAAACUCUCAUGGACCUUGUUUGAUUUACAAGUAUGACAGGGACGCUCCCUCACGUACCUAUCCCUCCCCUGGCCGACUCAAUUUCCUGAUGUCCAAAAUUGUAAAGUCAGGUACUGGUGAUUUUUUUAAGCCCCAUCCCUCAUCUCAUUGUGCUAGAUGUGAAGCCUUGUCUUCAAAUCCUUAUCCGCUAAAUAUCAAAGACAUUGUUUGGGGACUAUGUCCAUCAGUGAAGUUAGAUCUCUUCUUUCCUGGAUUUCCGACUUUGAAGCAUGUACCUCACAAGCCAUUUCUUGAAGCUAGAGGUGUUAGAAUAUUUCAAGCUGCUAGCAGAGGUCAAAGUAUAUGUUUAAAUGUUCUUCCACAGCAACAUCUGAAUAAGCCAGUUGCUGAUAUCGCUAAAGAACUGGUUGGGAAAACUUGUUUUGUUCGUUGGCCUCAUCUCAUUGAAGCUAAAGUAAAGGAUAUAACAGAAUAUGCUCCAGAAUAUUCAGAAAAGACAAGACCACUCGAAGAACUCUACGAAGAAGGUAGCCAGUGUUUUCUUCUUCAUCCUCCUUACUAUGGAGAACAAGCAGAGGACCAACCUGAUUACGGGUAUUAUGUUGGACAGCCCUAUGUGUAUUCUAAAGAGAGUCCUAUGGCACUCGAAGUAUGGAACAAGUACGUGAGAAAACCCCCUUCAUCACACCAAAACAACACCAAAAACGAGUUUGAUCUGAUGCUACAGUCAAUGCAAAAGCAGACUCCACCACAAUAA